CACUUUACAAAAAAAAAAAAUAAUGGCUUACGAAGGCAGAGAAGAUAAUAGAGGCUAUAGACCUCGUCAAGAAGGUGGCGGUGGACCCAAUCGCUACAGAGGUGGCGGCGGUGGAGGAGGAGGACCCAACCGUUACAACAAUCGAGACAGAAAAUACAACAACAAUGGCGGUGGUGGUAAUGGUGGCGGUUAUAAUCAACGUCGUCCUUAUGAUCGUUCCUCCAAUUCCGAACCUAAAGAGGACGAACAAGAAGAUAUUGAAGUUCGUCUCAAGAGUUUAAUCAUCAAGAUUGGUGACAAAAUCUCGUCCGACUUGCAAAUUAAUUUAGCCAAAAUGAAGAAUAUUUUAGAUAAUGAUUAUUCCAAGUACCCUCAAACCGUUCAAGAUACAUUAAAAGCUUGUGUCACUGAACUUCCUGCAAAAGCACCUGUUUAUGGUACCUUAUUAGGUUUAUUAAACGCCUCCAGUCAUGAUAUUGUAGCAAAGUUGAUGGUUGGAUUCAAUCAGAGCUUGGAAAGGACGAUUAACGAAUCCAAAUGGUUUGAAUUGAAACAAUUUCUCAGAUUCUAUGGUGAACUUGUCAAUGCCAAUGUUAUUUUACCUUCUGUUUAUUGUGGUCUCUUGAAUGAUUUACUUGCUGCCUUGGAUCAACCUAACCAACUUCGUCAACGUUUGGAUUGUAUUGUUUAUAUUAUCUUGGCUACACUUCCUUGGUGCGGCAAAGAAUUAAGUCAACGUAAUCAUGAAGAACUUGAUCAUAUUUUAAAGAAAAUCGAGAUUUAUAUGCAACGCAGAGGAAAUGUACCUGUCCUCAGUAUCUUGAAGCAAUACAAUGGUAUCAAGUAUGACGCUGCCAGUGAAGAUGUUUUGGCUCAUAUUUGGACCUUGACCGAAGAACUCAAGCGUAAAAACUGGGAUCUCCCACUCAUUCCUAAACCUUACCUUUGGUACGACAAUGAAUUUACUGCAGCUCUUCAACACGACUUACCCAGAUUCGUUGUACCCAACCAUACCGACAAUGUCACCUAUAUUGCACCUAACCCCACCAUGAAGAUUUUGAUUGAUGAAGGAGGAGCUUCCUUGCCUUCGAUUCCCAACCAUAACAGUAUCGAAUACUUUAUCUUGCAAGAAACUAUUUCUGACACCAUGGAAUUAUUUGAAGUCAACCGUAAAGAUUGUGCACGUUAUCUCUUGGGUAUCGCCAACAGUUUCGAACCCAAGUUUUUUAAAUCACCUCCUUCAUCCUCUGAAGAUGCCCCCGAGAUCAAGGAAGAAGAAAACAGUCGAUGGAACUUGUCUGAUUUAUUAGUGGAAGCAGCUUUCUCUCAAAUGCUCCGUCUUCCUACACCUCCUGUACGUCAAGUAUUUUACUCUUGUGUGUUCAUUGAGCUCUGUAGAGCAGAUGUUGAUACAUUCCCCAUGGCACUUGGUAGAGGUGUCAAGGCCUUGUUUGAUCGUUUAGCCUACAUGGAUGUUGAAUGUGUGCAUCGUCUCUGGUGCUGGUUCUCGCAUCAUUUAAGUAACUUUGGAUUCCAAUGGGACUGGCAAGCUUGGGACAGUGUCUUAACUUUAGACCCUCUUCAUCCUCAAGUGUGUUUCAUCCGAGAGACUUUGGAAAAGGAAACACGACUUAGUUACUAUGAACGUAUCAAGUCCAUCAUUCCCGUCGAGUUCCAGAAAUUGAUUCCUGCUAUUGCACCUGGUCCUGACUUUGAAUACAAGGAUCCCAACCAUCCCUUGCACGAGAAGGCCAAGAUCAUCAUUGAAAGUCUUCGUACAAAGAAGAGUGUGGAAGAAGUGCGUGCUCUUUUGGCACAGUUCAAGAAGGAACUUGGUGUCGAGAUUAGUGAGCAAGAACAAACUCAAAUCGUUCGACAAAUGUUUGUACAGUGUUUGUUAUUGGUCGGAUCCAAAAGUUUCUCCCAUAUCUUGAAUGUCGUUGAAAGAUAUUUGGAUGUCUUGCGAUUUGUCAAUACCACACCUGAGGGACGUCUUCAUACAGUUCAAAUUGUUGCUUCUUUCUGGAAGAACAAUACUCAAUUUUUGGGUAUUCUGUUGGAUAAAUUAUUAAACUAUCGUGUCAUUGAUCCUACCUCUGUAAUCACAUGGAUUUUCGAGGCUGAUCAAUUGAAGUUUGUUGGAAGAUCAUUUAUCUGGGAAAUUUUAAAGAACACUUUGGCUAAAGUCAACUCUCGUGUUGUGCAAGUCAAGGGUAAACUUGAUAACUUCCAAGCCCAAUAUGAUACCAACAAGAUCAAGCGUGAACAGUCGGAAAUGACAGAAAUGGCAGAAGCAGAAGCACAACAAGAAGCAGAUGCAUUACGCCUUGUAGAAAACUCUUUGGCCUCUGUAUCAAGAGAACAAAAGGAAGUCUUUAUGAUUGUUUACCAAAAGUUUGCUCGUGUUCUUCAAGAGCUCAUUACAUCCAACCCUGAUGUUGAAUCUAGUUGGACUUACAAGUGGGUCUUUGGUUGGUACCGAGAAAUUCUCCGUGUGUAUUAUAAGGAGUGUGGAGGAUUCAUGACUACACUGGAGACUUUGGUAUUUACUCCUGAUUUAGACCCAAGAAUUAAUCGUGUAUUUGCUGAAGUUAGAGCUCUUAAGCACGAAUUUGAGGUUUUGGUGUGAAGAAAAUAAUUAUAAUAAAAAAAAGGGGGGUUCCAAUGUACAUGAAAUAAUAAAAAUGUGUU